CAGGGAUUACUGUAUCCGACGGUGAAAUAUCUCCCCAUCUCUUUCACACAGAGAGCAGGCGAAUGAGAUCAGUUGCAGUGCAGCUCUCUUUAAGACCAAGAAAGAUCCUCCUCCCUCCAUGUCUGUCUACCUCUCCUGUGCAGGGGCUGUAAAUUACUGUCAGCCUAGCAGUGGCUGCUGCCCUUAUCUCCCACCUCAUCCAGCCUCUCCUUCACUAUACACAUCUAUUUCUUUCUCCUUCUGCUGAGCUUCAUGAAAAGAAACUGCAAAUGUCUUAAACAGUGAAGCAGGCUGCUGCAGUAGAAAAGUUGGCCCCCUUCACCUUCCAUAUCCCUAUCCCAUUCAUUGCAGUUGGCACUGGAAGAUCUGCACAGCCUGCUUCAUUCUUAUCUUGGUGUGUUUCUGGUGUAUGGACCCCUCCCUCCCACCUCUGGCCAAGUCAGGUUCAUCUCCAGCUCCCCUUAGCUUGUUUGCAUUGGGGGCUUAUUGCUGAUCAUUGCUGAUCAUUGCUGUGCACUGGGGCUCAUUGCUGCAUCCUCAGCCAACAAGUCCAAGACUGACUCGCAUCACUUCCAUGGAUCGGAUGGAGCAGCUAAUCUACGAUUAACGUAACUUUUAUCGCUGCUCCGAGGGGGUUUCACCUUGCCAAGCAUACAUGUUCAUGCAAGAAACAAAAAAUCCUGCAGUCCUAAACAUCAAAAUAUGCUUGGUCCUCAAGGGGUAAAGAAAAUAAAAGCCAUUAGGCAAAUGUGACCUGCAUUUUCCUCUUCAACGGGAGCUACAGAAGCAAGCAAAACACACAAACUCAAAAUAUGGAUGGUUUAAUUGAACAGAACAGUGUGCUUAUGCAUAAUAAAAUCACAGAGGUCGGGAAACGAAAUGGCUUAAUCAACACCAGAAAUUUAAUGGCGGAAAACAAAGAUGGAAUGGUUUCGGUUUAUCCAACUCCUCAAUAUCAGAGUCACAUUGUUGGAAGUAUUUCUUCUCAGACUGGCAUAGACAACAUUAAAAAUGACCCAGUACAACAACUUCUGGAUCCCAACAUGCUACAACAGACUGUGGAGUCUCACUAUCGCCCCAACAUCAUUCUGUAUUCUGAGAAUGUUUUACGCUCUUGGGGCGAGAAUGUCAGCACUGAGUGUUGUGAAACCACCUUUAUUGAAGAUAGAUCACCCACCAAAGACAGUCUUGACUACCCAGAUACCAAGUUCAUUGACCUUUCCUCAGAAGAUAUCAAAAUUCAUACUCUUUCUUAUGAUGUAGAAGAGGAGGAAGAAUUCCAAGAGUUAGAGAGUGACUAUUCAAGUGACACAGAAAGUGAAGACAACUUCUUAAUGAUGCCACCAAGAGACCAUCUUGGCCUCAGUGUAUUUUCCAUGCUGUGCUGCUUCUGGCCUUUGGGGAUUGCCGCCUUUUAUUUGUCACAUGAGACAAACAAAGCAGUGGCCAAAGGCGACUUUCAUCAAGCAAGCUCCAGUUCCCGGAGAGCGCUCUUCUUAGCGGUACUAUCCAUCACCAUAGGGACGGGAAUAUAUGUUGGAGUGGCUGUAGCGCUUAUAGCGUACCUUUCAAAAAACAACCAUUUAUGAACUAUAGAAAGCUUAUAGCUGAAGAAACAGGACUUACUAAGAAAGGAAGGCACAAGACUAACCUUACAGAAGUUAUUGACUAUACAGAUAUGGAGAGAGGACAAGAAUUACACUCAAGUUGGAAUGUUGCUGUUCGCAAAUGGGAUAUUUUCAUUCAUUCUUGGAUGUAGGUUGUUUUCAUCAUGGGUUACUUUUUCCUAUUUUAGUGUCUUGCCAUUGUUUUAUAUAGCUGGCCAAGACUGCUAAGGAAGUAUGCUUUUCCAAAAUGACAUAGAGACCAAGAAAGUGACCUUUUAAGUGUUUGCUAAUGUGAUGACAUUGCAACAGGUUGAAAUGGCUCAAUCAUUCCAUUAUAAACCAGCAUCUCUGGCUUGUAAAUCCUAAAUUAUAGCAAUAUAUUAAUAUGCACAUGAAUCAUUCUCAUGGGCUGAUGGAAUCAAUUCAUGUCUGCCCCCAGGCUCCUUAGUAACGGAACAACCUUUUUAUUCAGUAAAUCAGCAUGAGAUCCCGGCCCUUUUUGACUUGGGUAGAAGUGAAACAAUAUUGAGCAUGUUCUGAAGCUAUCAUUUUUCAGUGCUAAAUAUGUUUGAAGAGAAACAUAGGCAGGAAACUGCAUCUGCUUUAUUAUUGACUGAGCAUACAUCGGACCGGGAAAGAUCAACAUUGCCAUGUUAUCACUUCUAAUAUUUUAUUUUUCUAUUUUGUUCAGGAUUCAAGUAAUGCAAAAGACCAAUCUGCCAUUCAUUAUCAAUGAUGAUUUUUUAAGGGAUUCUGUCACAGUAACAAAGCAGUUCUGUCUGCAGCAAGCAUUCUAUAGAGAAGGGGGAGCUAAACAAAUUGAUAUAUAGUUUUAUGAACAAGAUGCAAUAUAACCUAAAAUUAUUGACAUGCUGUUAUUCCCUGUACACUUUAAGUUUAUGAGUCCAGUAGGUGGUCUUACUCGUACGUAUGAGUAUAGUAUAAUGUAGAGCAGUGUUUCCCAAAUGGGUCUUCAAGUCCCCCCAACAAGUCAUGUUUUCAGGAUUUUCUUAGUCUUUCACAGGUGAUAUAGUAGUUCUGAUGUCUGAUGAACUGACCAGAAUUAUCUAAUCUGUGAAAGACUAAGAAAAUCCUGAAAACAAGACCUGUUGGGGGUACUUGAAGACAGAAACACAUGUGUAGAGUAACACUAGUGUAGAGAGGUACUGAGUAGUACCACCCAUUAAACUCAAAAGACCAAAAAGAGUGGGGAAAGAGAUAUGUCCAAAAAAGCAGUGUGGUCUUGUUUAAAAGGGAUGUGGCAUAAUAUGAGCCAAAACUGUGUCAAAGUUUUGGAGCAAAAUUUGAUUCAGUUUCAAGUCAACUAACAGUUUAAAAUAGUUUAAAUGUGACACUCACUCCAUUCAUUUUUAUGGAAAUGCCAAUGAUAUCCAAGUUCAGCACUAAUGGAAUAACCAAGGAAUAACGGCAUUUAAAAAUGAAUGUGAAUAAUGGGGGUAGAUAUUUCAGCGGUAAGUUGGUAUAAUUGUUUCCAACAUGUGUGAACUACUCAAAGGAUGUGGUUUUGUAACCAAAUGAAAUCAUAUAAUUGUGCUCCAGCAUCACUAUCUAGGCAAGAUAUCAUCUCACCUGCAUGGGGCAGGCAAUUCUGGAAUUGUCCAGAGGGUUUCACAGUCAUUUUAAAGAGGAUCUAUGCCCAGGUGAUAAAGUUUUCCACUUAUGAAUAGUUGACAGCUGCAAAAUCAAGACAUAAGUGGGAUACUUACCUGUCCCCACCCCCUGCAGCUGCCAUUCUGAUUGUGCCCAAUUCGAACUGCUCUCCUUCUUGGUUCCUGUGAUGUUUCUUUUAAACAGUGAGUAUUUACUGUCUAAAUAAAAUGGAACCAAGAAAAAGAAGAGAGCAGCAGGUACCAGGCAUCAUUAAAUUACCAGUCUAGAGGGAUCAGGGCAGGUGAAUAUACUGUCUUAUUUAUUUUCACUGCACCCUGAAAGUGUUUACAAAAAGUGUUACUUUAAGUGUACGUUCACAUGUGUUUAUUUUUACUGCAGAUUUGCUGUUGCCGAUUUUGCUGCUCAUUGACUUCAAUCUGCAGCAGAAAAUACACACGCGUGAACUAACCCUCAAAACAAGGACGAUCAUCUAAAGAUAGAUCCUUUUUGAAUACAGUUAAAGCAUGAGAUAGAAAAGAGGCUACAACUGAGGAUUUCUAAUGAUCCAAAAUGAGUCAGAAACCUGCUAUGUCCUGACUUUUCCAUUUUAUCUAUAUCUCAAGCUAGAAUGGCUGGAUAAACAUGAAGUUAUACAGAGUGCUGGCCUAUAUGACCUAUGUACCUGCAGGUCUAAGCAGAGCACCAUGCUCUAGGUGAGCUGACUUCUCUUUGGACUUGUUAUGAAGCAUGAAAGAGACUUACCUGUCAGAAUUGUACAACUCUACAGAUGACCUACUUAAAGUGAUUGUCAAGAUAUUUGCAGCACUCACUAAAAUACAUUUUAAAAAAUGAUUUUGUUUUGGAUGGUUAUCGUUUAAGGGAAAAUGUUUGAAAUUGUUCUAUAAAAUGUGUUUUAACACAGACUUCAAGUCUCAAAAAAAUAUUUGCUUCUUUCAAUUCUUUUCAGUUUAGAAUCAACUGUUUUAUUGACUUAACAUGGACACAAGAAUCUUUAUCAUUAUUGUAGUUUUCACAUUCAUGUGCCAUUAACUUCUAAAUUUGCCUUUCACAAUGAUGCUGUCAUGAUCAAUACUUGCCAAUGCUCUGUAAAUCUUUUUUACAUACUAACCCAUACCUUCUCCAGUUUACCCAUGGGCCAAACCACUUCAUCUGCUCUCCUAUCCCAAAGUAUUCCUUUUUAAAUCUAUUAAGUGCUUCCACUUAUUUCCCAAAUCUGCUAUGUGACCAUUUCUUUUACCAGUUAUCUAUGUAUUACCCUUCCACAAAUUUUCCUAUGUGAUAAUUCUCCUAUGUGAUAGGUCUGUCCUUUCGUCUCCUCUGGGCCAUCAACCAAACUGAGCCAUAAGUGAAAAGGAUGGUCUCUUCUUGUACUCCUAGUGAAGAUAUGUUAUUUAAAGGGGUAUUCCAGGCCAAAACUUUUUUUUAUAUAUCAACUGGCUGCGGAAAGUUAAACAGA